ACACCAACGAAAGAUGUUGAGACAUUAAAGGUUAGCCGUGUUGAGACAUUUGUCAAACUUCCUAAUAUUGAGACACCAACGAAAGAUGUUGAGACAUUAAAGGUUAGCCGUGUUGAGACAUUUGUCAAACUUCCUAAUAUUGAGACACGGAAGAAAGAAAUUCAACCCGCUUCUAGCCGAAACGAGGCUAUUGCUUUUAAUCUUAGUCUAGUUCACCCUGAACCAGAAUAUAAGCAUUUAUAUUUAUUACGAGGAAAAGGGAAAUUGCGUAUUCCGGCUCGCACUGAAUUAGCUCCUCAUACUUUACGGAGAUGUUUUGCCACCUAUAAUACCUUAGCCGGUAUGCCCCUCAAUAUUUUACAACGAAUAUUAGGACACAGUAAAAUUUCUACUACGGCUUUGUAUAUCAAAGAUAGUGAUUUAAGUAAUUUGGUGAAAUUUCGGCCGAUUGCUUAA